AUGGCUUUUGGAGUUCCGAUAUCAGUCUACAUUUUAGUCAAUGCAAUGACAGCAUUGGCGGAAGAGACAGCUGUGACUAUAACACCCCAAAUCACAGCUCUGCAAAGUAAUUGGACACUUAACACAACAGAAGCUGAUUAUAUAGAUGGAAACUUAGCCUUGAAUUUCUCACAUCCUUGCCUGGAAGACCAUAAUAGUUACUGCAUCAAUGGUGCUUGUGCAUUUCACCAUGAGCUGGAAAAAGCCAUCUGCAGGUGUUUUACUGGUUAUACUGGAGAAAGAUGUGAGCACUUGACUUUAACUUCACAAGCCAUGGAUACUUAUGAAAAAUAUAUAUCAAUUGGGAUUGGCAUUGGAUUAUUAUUCAGUGUAUUUUUUGUUACUUUGUACUGCCACCUAAAAAACAGGUGUUUAAAAUCAAAAUCACCUUACAACAUCUGUUCUGGAGGAAGAUCUCUGUGA